AUGGAGCUCCUCAAACUUCCAUGCAAUAAAAAUACAACAAACAAAGAUUUCAUGUUGGCAAAGAUAGAUUUUUUCAGCAAAAUAAAUUCGCACGAGAAUACUGUUAAAUUUAUUGGAAAGACAAAAAAAAGAAAUAAGAAAAGAAAAUCCAACAAUGGCAUGUUUCCCGAAGAAAUCAUGCGUCGUGCUGUAGGCGAGUUGUCUCUUUUUGGAUUAACUAGAUGCAAAAACUCUGAUGGCCUGACUGGCAAUCAUUUCCUCCAUUUCGGUAGUGGAAAAAAUAAAGUAUAUCAGCAACUAUUAACUAAUCGGAUGCAGAUUCCUUAA